AUGGCCUUCACGUUUGCUGCCUUCUGCUACAUGCUUUCCCUGGUGCUUUGUGCUGCCCUCAUCUUCUUCGCUAUAUGGCAUAUAAUUGCAUUUGAUGAGUUAAAGACAGACUUCAAGAGUCCCAUAGACCAAUGUAACCCAGCACAUGCGAGAGAGCGAUUGAGAAAUAUUGAACGAAUCUGCUUUCUUCUGAGAAAGCUAGUAUUGCCAGAAUAUUCCAUCCAUAGCCUUUUCUGUAUAAUGUUUCUGUGUGCUCAAGAAUGGCUGACCCUUGGGUUGAACAUCCCUCUGCUUUUCUAUCAUUUUUGGAGGUAUUUCCAUUGUCCAGCAGACAGUUCAGAGCUAGCAUAUGAUCCACCUGCAGUAAUGAAUGCAGAUACCUUGAGCUACUGUCAACGAGAGGCCUGGUGUAAAUUAGCUUUCUAUCUUCUCUCAUUCUUCUAUUAUCUUUACUGCAUGAUCUACGCUUUAGUGAGUUCCUAACUCAAACAUCAUCAUUAAAGACUGGAAACAGCAAAGGAUGCAGAAUAAAGACAAGCCAG